AUGACCGUGUUCCAACUGUUGGACCCGACACGUCAACUGAGCGACGACGAGAUCAUGGCGCUUGUGGCGGCGGCGGCUAUCGACGAGCCGUACGAGCCCACGGCGUUGGAAGAAGUCCUCUUGGGCUUUGAAGCGACGCUGGCGACCUUGCCGAUGGUUUGCGAUUGCCAUGGCUAUGAACGUCGGAACGUCGACGCUCUUGGCGCAGAAAUAUCCGAGCUGUUGGCGACGGACCGCCGGACCAGCGCCCAUCGAGCAGCGUACCACUGA